UUACUAAAUGUACAUCGUAUCAUAUGGAAACGCUUCGAAAGUUCGAGCGGCCCAAUUCCCGAAUGGAGCGAAGCUUAUUAUAGACGCUAAUCUUGUUCAGUCGGCAAACAGUUUCGGACGCUUCAAUCUCUUCCCAAUCAAUUUGUCGAGCACUUGUGUUCACAAUGGUUGACGACGUGUGCCACUACGAUAUACAACAAAACGAUAAAUAUGGACGGUAUUUGGUUGCAAAUAAGGAUUUAGACGGAGGUGAUGUAAUUUUUACCGACUCUCCUUUCGCUGUAGGACCAAAACCAGAUACUCCACCCCUAUGCCUUAGCUGUUAUUGCCCGGUGGAGAACACUUUGUGUGCCUCGUGCGGUUGGCCGAUGUGCAGUGAAGAGUGUAGCAAAUCGGCUACGCAUGCAGCUGAAUGUGAAGUCUUCUCAACCGCCAGGGUACGCUUCCAAAAGGUCGAGGACUGGACUGUCAGCGCGCCACAACUUGAUUGUAUUACACCAUUGAGAGUGCUUCUGGCAAAAGAAAAAGAUUCCGAGCGAUGGAAGCGCGAACUUGAAGCUAUGGAGACACAUACCGAAUCUCGGAAGUUGAGACCAACUUGGGGCGCCGAUCAAGUUAACAUCGCAGACUUUCUUAUAGACCACUGCAAACUGGGCAAUCGAUUCGAUAAAGAUUUAGUGCAAAGAGUGUGCGGAAUAUUAGAGGUGAAUUCUGUGGAAAUUCCUUCUCGAGGUGGAUUUAGCAUACGGGCUCUUUAUCCACGGUUAGCCAUCGCUGCACACAGCUGUGUCCCCAAUAUCGUUCAUACGAUACUGCAAAAUGAUUAUCAGGUGCAAGUAAGGGCAGCAGUUUCAAUAAAAGCGAGCGAGAUUCUCUAUUUGUGCUAUACUCAUUCCCUUUCCCCCACACUGCUUCGGCGGGACUUCCUAGCCGACUCAAAGUUCUUUAUGUGCGACUGUCGACGAUGUGCUGACCCUACAGAGCUCGGCACGCAUCUUAGCACUCUGAAGUGCAAUAAAUGUGAUAAUGGAGUUAUAAUGUCUACUAAUCCUCUUGAUAACGAUGCGCCUUGGGCGUGUUCUGAGAAAAACUGCGAAUUUAGGACAUCGGGUGCCGCAAUGCGCAAAAUGUUGGCAGUAGUGCAAGCAGAGAUCGAACAACUAGAUGCUUUAGAACCAGGCCCGGCUGCUAUAGAGCAGAGGGAAGCCGUCAUUAAUAAGUAUAAAUCAGUCUUCCAUCCCCGCCACUCACUGCUCCUGUCGCUGAAGCAUACGCUGGCGCAGUUGUACGGGCGGGUAGAGGGCUACGGUAUCGACGAACUGCCUGACCUCAUGUUAGAGAGGAAGGCCGAGUUCUGCCGCCUCGUGCUGAGUACAUUAGACGUUAUUAUGCCAGGAGAGACGCGAAUGCGAGGUAUGAUGCUAUAUGAGUUACAUGCACCGCUUAUGUUCUUGGCGAGAAGCGAAUUCAGUGCUGGACUCAUUACUCAAGAGAAAUUGAAAGAAAGAUUACAGGAACCAAUAAAAUGUUUAGCAGAAGCCGCCCGUAUUUUGACGAGAGAGGAUCCGCAAAGCCCUGAAGGAAUUACUGGACUAAUAGCACAACAGUCCAUGGAACAACUUACAGCUAGUCUUGAAUGUUUAUAGAUAUAAGUACCUAUCUAAAUAGUUUUAAGAACUCUUCUAUUUAUAGACCAGUCCUUUUAGGGUAAAGGUCGAAAGGUUUCUGAAAGUCUAGUCAGUUGAUAACUAUCAUAAACAUCAUAUCAUACUUUGUUGACACUUCUACUUUAUUAAUUGCUUUCAAUGUUCAUUUACUAGUCGGUCCCAAACACUCAGGGAGCACCUCAGGGGUAGACUUUAAAGUGGUCAAUCAAAGACCAAUCAAUCUGGUUAGUUUCUAGGCUAAUCAGAUCCAAAGAAAA